UACCCCCUGUCGCCUCCGGCCUCCUCCUCCUAUAUAUGAUCGCACCCACCCAUCACUUCCCCCGACUGCCCUUGUUGGUCUCACUCUUCUCGUUGCUCUAUUCCUCUCAUCUACAACACCACAAGAACAUAGAUAGAAGAGGCGAUCAAGAACAUGCCUCUGUGGAUGAACAUGGUGACGGCAGCUGCAGCGACUUCGGUGGUGGCCGGGCGGAGUAAGGAGAUGGCCCGAGUCACGGGGCCGUGGAGAGCGGAGGAGGACGAGGCGCUGUUGCGUCUGGUGGAGCGGCAUGGUCCGAGGAACUGGUCGCUGAUCAGCCGGUCCAUCCCCGGGCGGUCGGGCAAGUCGUGCCGCCUCCGGUGGUGCAACCAGCUGUCGCCCCGGGUGGAGCACCGCCCCUUCACUGCCGAGGAGGACGAGGCCAUCGUCCGCGCCCACCGCCGCUUGGGCAACAAGUGGGCCACCAUCGCCCGCCUCCUCUCCGGCCGCACCGACAACGCCAUCAAGAACCACUGGUACUCCACCCUCAAGCGCAAGUCCUCGCCGCCGCCGGUCGACGACGCCGAGGGGUUUGCCAUGGCAGUGGAUCUCAAGGACGCGCCGGCGGAAAGGCCGUUCAAGAGGGCGAGCUGCGUCGGGGCGGCGUACACGUCUGCGGACUUGGUGAUCUGCCUGAGAUCCGGGAGCCCGUCCAUGUCGGAUGUGAGAGACUGCAACCAUCCGGCUGUGUGUCUCGUUAACCGUCCGGUUCUGAGGACCGGUGGAGUUGCUGCUUCUCCUCCACACUUGGCCUCUUCCGCUGCCAACGCGGUCGAUCCCUCGACGUCCUUGACGCUGUCACUUCCCGGAUCGGAUCACGUGGGCACAUUCAACCGCCACCAGGGCAGGAGCAGCAGCCACAACCACAACCACAGCCAGCAUGAAACGACCGCCUCUGGCCACAGCACGCGGCAUCUGCCGUUCCGACUCAGCGGCGAGCAUUUGGCGGUAAUGCAAGAGAUGAUCCGCAGCGAGGUGAGAAGUUACUUGUCAGGGCCGGACCACAGCAACGUCAUGCGAACGCAGCCGCCGCCCGGGACGGCCAUCCGUGGCGCCGCCAUCAAAGGUGUUGGCUUUCGACCUGUACAGUGAAAGACAACAUGUGAGACGAGAAAAACGAAAAGAUAAUCUUUAUCUCUUAUUCUGAGCA